AUGCUUCAAAAACGUGGUGUCGCCUACUGGCAGUCCAUAAGAGCCAAAUUGAAGGAAGUGCCUCCUCACGAUGCCAUCCACCAGUGUUUUCCUGAUGGCGUCGAUGCGGGUAAAAUCCUUGAUCAGCCAGAUCAUUUCCUCGACUUGGCAGACAAGAAGCUGCAUACCUUUCCCUUCAAGGACGUCAAGACGUGUUGGUUCCGGCUGUAUAGUGACGCCAGCGUCGCUAAAGUGCUGAAGUUAGUCAGGCUCGACUCUUCUUCCGAGGAAGAUUCAGUGACCCGCUAUCGACUGGAAACGCAGCUUGACGAAAUCGUUUCAAUUCUAGACAUGGCCCUCAUCAUGGCCGGAGGAGUCGGCCGCGAAGAGCUGAUUCAUGGUAUUUUAGCCGAACUCCAGUCUAUCGUACGAGGCGUCGGUGAUGUCGACGAGCGCCCGCAAAAGAGACGGCGGCUCGAACCCUGUCUGGCUGAGAAAACCAGUGAUUCUUUUGUUGUCGACAGUGUCUCUGUGCCAUCCCUCAACUUUCCUGUUGAGACCCUCGAUCGUCCUUCCCUUACAGAUUUCGCAAAGCACAUUCAGCAAAGACGAGAACCUGCUGUUCUGACAAACGUGCUUGGCCACUGGCCAGCGUUGAGCAAGUGGAAAAGUAGUUCGUUCUGGCUUCAGAUCACCCUAGGUGGGCGUCGCCUAGUGCCAAUCGAAGUAGGCCGAAGCUACACUGACGAUGACUGGGGCCAGAAAAUUGUCCCCUUUCGAGAAUUUCUUACCCAUUACAUCCAACAAGCAUUCAACCGUGGUCCUGAUGGCGAGUCUGCAGAUUGCGGACAAACAGGCUACUUGGCACAGCACGACCUUUUCAAACAGAUUCCCGCCCUUCGGAACGACGUCGCAGUCCCUGACUAUUGCUACCUGGACGCCCCUCCUGCUGAAGCUGGUACGCCGGUUGCUUUGAAGAAGGUAAAGGAAAGGGCAAAAAGGACGACGACCAACCCUAUCACUACUCCUUCCAUGGCAUGCUCCCCUUCUAGCGGGAGAGACACCACCGACGAAGAAGAUCUCGACAGCGAGCCACGAAUGAACAUCUGGUUUGGACCAGCCUGGACAAUAUCACCACUUCACCAUGAUCCUUACCACAACAUCCUGUGCCAGGUAGUCGGCAAGAAAUACGUGAGAUUAUACUCACCACACCACAGCAAGGCACUACUACCGAAGCGGGCAGAUGAGCCCGCUCCUCAUGAUCGGCGGCCGGAAGAUCUAGAAGAGCUGAGCGACAUCGUGGGUGCAGACGGACAAGCACAAGACACGAUUGACAUGUCUAACACGUCACAGAUUGACGUGGCCGCCAUGGAACUGUCGCCGUUGGAAGAUUGGGACGAUGUGUAUCCUGGUAUCAGCCAAGUGCCCUACGUGGAAUGCGUCCUCGAGGCUGGCCAAGCUCUAUAUAUACCGAUCGGAUGGUGGCAUUAUGUGCGGAGUUGCUCUGUGGGCAUCAGUGUAAGCUUCUGGUGGUGA